UUGUCGGGGCUGUCCGCUAACUGUAGGACCUUGUUCAGCCAUGGAACUGUAGUUAUUUCGCGCUUGCCCUCCAUUAUUAACUGCAACUCCUCUGAUCCCAAACUGGCAACCUCAUAUCUCCAACUGGCACGCGCAAAUGAUCUCAUAGACCAGAUCAAGCUCAAAGUGUUUCCUGUGUGGCGGGGGGCUGGAGAGGGUCAUGGUUGGGGCUGGACCCAGUGCGUGAGGUGGGAGGCAGGGGAAGGGGGUCUGGAGUGUCCGCUGUGGUGUGUCCUGUGUCAAGGAGGCAAGGAGAGACUCGAGCAGGCCUGUCAGAGAGGGAGGGGAGUGCUUCAUCUCCCUGCAGAUAUGCUGAGCGUCAGACUUCCGCAGCUCUUUGACUUCCACCAGGUGCCAAAGGUGUUUCGAGAGGACGGCAUCAUGUCUGGCUACCGUCAUCCCAGGAGCUCAGCCGUGGACUGCAUUCUCAGCAGUUUUCAGAUGACCAAUGAGACGGUCAAUAUCUGGACCCACUUCCUGCCGACUUGGUACUUCCUGUGGCGGUUCAGCACGCUGUGCUUCACUCUGGACUUCCUGACGGAGAGCUACACCUGGCCGCUGCUGGUCUACCUGCUUCUGAUCUGCCUGUACCCCUUCACCUCCAGCUGCGCUCACACCUUCAGCAGUAUGUCGGCCGAGGCUCGUCACAUCUGCUACUUCUUCGACUACGGCGCGCUCAGCCUCUACAGUCUCGGCUGCGCCGUCACAUACGGCUCUUACGUGAUGCCUGACUGCUGGGUAAACAGUUGGCUUCAUCAGUAUUUUGUGGCCAUCGCCAUCGGAAACUCUCUCUUCUGUACCAGCGUGUCCUGUUACUCCAGGUUUGUAGAGUUGCAGUUCCCACACAAAAGUAAAGUCAUGCGCACGGCUGCGUUUGUUGUCCCCUUCCUGUUUGAUAGCUUCCCACUGUUCUACCGACUGCUGUUGUGCUGUUGGGGGAGCUGUAGUUCCAGUGAAGCUCUGGCCAGCCACUCUUACCAUCUGCUCUUUGCGUUCCUCACAUGCUUUCUGUUUGCGUCUCACCUCCCCGAGAGACUGGCUCCUGGACGCUUCGACUACAUCGGUCACAGUCACCAGCUCUUUCACAUAUGUGCGGUGGUGGGCACCCAUUUCCAGAUGGAGGCAGUGUUGACAGACAUGGCGUCUCGCAAAGAUUGGCUGACGUCGCACUCCUUUUUACCUUCGUUUCUGGGCACCAUGGGGGUCCUCGCAGUGGGCGUCCUGCUCAACCUGGGCAUCAUCGGCAUCUUUAGCGCCGGUUUACCGCGAACACCUCGCCAAAGCACUUCAACCUCUAGCGGCGCCCACCUUCAUCAGGAGUAAAAACUUUCUUGACCACUCCACACCUCACUGUGCACCUUUCUGGACGACUUUACACUAUAGCGCACUUAUACAGUCACUUUCACUGAUAAUAUAAGCCUUGAUACUUUUGUACUAAGAAGCUAAACGUUUAGGCUCUCACUUAUUAUAAUUUCCUUUUAUACUUAGUUUAUUAUCUCAGCCGAAAACCCUAAUGAUAAUCGCGACCUUUCAGGUGUUAUUUACCCAAAUGAUUUUAUUCUUUAGUCAUCGUUAUGAAAGGAUAAGGGUUGAAUGACGCUAAUAUUGAUUUUAACAGGUUAUAUUCUAACAUAGUUAGGGGGUUUUAAUAAAUACAAAAUGAUGUUGGUGUCAUGAAUAUGAUAAUGUUGUGUAACAUUAACUGGAAAAUAGCAUUAAUCAGGGAUUUUAUAUUUGCAUAUAACAUCAUUAAUAUAAUUCAAUCCAAUUUUAUGAUUGUUGCAUAUCAAAAUCUACAAACAUUAUGGUGGGUAUCAUAUCAUGUAAAAGGUGAAAUUUUGCCCCUUUAAAUACUUAUAUUUGUAAUGUCCCUUUUUAUUAUUAUUUGGAUAUACUGGAAUGCCUUUGUAUAAUUAGAAUAAUCAAAGGUGCAGUAACAAAUUAAUGAAGGGCUUUUGUUACUGUUACAUAUCAUGAAGGAUACAUUUAGCUCAUCGAAGCAUCAUUCUCCUACUAAACCUCAUCUCAUGGGAAUAUGGGGCUGCACUGGAGUCCUUUACUGUCGUUUACAUGUUUCUAGACAUUUGUGACCCUGGACCACAAAAGCAGUCUAUAAAGUGUCUGUUUUUUGAAAUUGUGAUUUAUACAUCAUCUGAAAGCUGAAUAAAUAUGCUUUCCGUUGGUGUAUGAGAGAUACAACUAUUUGAAAAUCUGGAAUCUGUGGGUGCACAAAAAUCUAGAUACUGAGAAAAUCACAUUUGAAAUUGUCCAGAUGAAUUCUUAGCAAUGUAUAUUACUAAUCUUAAAAUUUAGUUUUGAUCUGUUUACUGUAGGAGAUUUACAAAAUAUCUGCAUGGAACGUGAUCUUUACUUAAUAUCCUAAUGAUUUUUGGCAUAAAAGAAAAAAUCUAUAAUCUAUAAUCUAAAAAAUUUAUUUUUGGGCUAUUGCUAAAAAUAUACCCUAGUGACUUAAGACUGGUUUUGUGCUCCAGGGUCAUAUUUGGUGAACAGCUUUGAGUCCUGUGUCCUCCUCUGCAUCGGGUCUCAUUUCUGAGGUAUUGUUUUGUUCAUUGCAGGUUUAUGGCAUACAAUACACUGUUUAUAAUGAAACACAAGGUUUUUAUAUUUAAGUGCAUUUUGCCAAUGCACUUGUGGAUCCAAUGCAAGCUCGAAAUAGUUUUUUUGCUCAUGUAAUUAGUGCCAUUCUGUUCUUAAACCAGAAAUCAAAGCUAAUCAUUGUGAAUGGGUAAGCUCUUAACCUUGGUCUCUUAUUUUGUCCUUUUUCUUUUUCGUUUCGUCUGGCCUAGCGGUGCAGGACAGGUACGUCGGCUUUUAAUUCAAUGCAAUUAAUGCUGCUUAAAGGCAAUAGUUUUGCGAAACCUUUUCUAGCAAGCUCUUAAUGUUGGUCACAUGGUGGUAAUGAUAUUUUAAUUGGUGAUUAUGAAAGGGAUGUUGAGUUAAAAAGGAAAAGUAGGUGCUUUAGUGGUUAGUGGCGGAAAGAGUCUGCAUUUCUCCAGAUGCCUAUUUGUAGUUUGACAGCAGAAAUUCUCGCUCACCGUUCAGUUUAAGUAGGUGUGUGUUUUUCCACCUCCAGCCUCGCUGGAGUGUGUUCUUCUGCUCAAAGAGGUUCAGAUGUGAAUGUGACUGGUCACAAUAGUAUUUUGUGCACUAGAUUUAAAUGAAAUGUAAAAGGUUUUGGAUUCCCAAUCCCUGUGUGUUUGUUGGCCCAAAUGAAUGUAUUGCAGUUUUGAAACUGUUUUAAAGCACCAUUUAAUGUUACAAAGUAGCAUUUAAAAUUACCAAGGAAAUUAAAAUUCUUUUUUUACUGAGGAUUUAAAUAUGCAAUCAUUAUCGCAAUGCCUUUUAUUUGCAAUUGUCAAUUUUGAAAUAUUUUUGGUAACAAAUGUGAAAAAUAUGAAAGUGCCUAGAAUUAAACUGACUUAUUGUUCACUUCA